UUGAGAGUUGAGAUUGUCAAAUACAGAACGUUAGAGUCAUAAUUAAAGCAUAAAAAUCUAUUAAAUUUAAUUUGCUGCAUCUAACAGAUAAUUUAAGAAGUAUAAUGGCUGAAGCCGAAACAACGGUAGGAAAAAAGUUAGUUGAUAUAUUUUCUGAAAGUUUAGAACUUUUAGAUGGUAUAGAAAAUUCAACCUUAGCUUUUAAUAAUCCCGAAUAUCAGGAAAACGUAAAAAAAUGUAUUGGGUUAUUGGAAGAUUCUACUAGACUUGUAAAUUUAGUAGGAAUGUUCAGUUCAAAUGAAAAUGUCGAAGAAAUUCCUACAGAAAAUUUGGAAUUUUUACUUUUGCCGUUUUUUUUAGGGCAAUUAGUUCAAAAAUUACAAAAUGAAGAUCGGGAAGCAACUUUACAGGCUUCAAAAAUUUAUUUCAGAGAUUUUUUAAAAAGAUGUGAUGAUUACGGAAUAGUGGAAUGCAAUAAACAUGUCAAUAUCGAAAAUCUUAAUGAACAACAAACUUCAAACGAUCAGUUUAAAAGCUUAUUGGAAGCCGCUGAUAAACGAAAUUUAAAAAUUGAACAAUAUCGAAAAAUUAAGGAACUGCAAGAACAAAUUUCUAGUUUAAAAUUGGCCGCAAAAAAUCCCAAUGUUGAUGAAGAAAUUAAACGAAAUUUAUACAUAAAACAAAUUAAUCAUGGAAUAUUAAAAGCCUAUGAAGAACUUUCUUCAAUCGAUGAAGAAUUGAAAAUGCUGAACUAUCGCAAAAAUAUUUCAACACAAACAAACAAUGGUAAUAGCAUUUCGCGUUCUCGAAUUUCUCAAUAUGCUAAUAAAACAAGAACGGCAUUAAAACCAAUUAUUAUAACAAAGGACUUUGCGCAGAAAGCAGUUUUUGGCAUGGGUUAUCCCAGUUUACCCGUUAUGACAGUUGCCGAAUUUUAUGAUCAACGUGUUCGCGAAGGAAUAUUUCCUGAUGAGGAAAAAAGUAAGCAAAUAAAUGCAACUAUGUUUACAAAUCAGGCAGAAGCUGAAGUAAAGGAUGAUUUAGAGAAAGCAGAGCAAGAAAAGCUCCAGGAAGAGGACGAUGAAGAAUAUUUAGCGAGAAUGCGAGCAAAAGAUGAGUACAAAGACGUUGUGCGGCGCGGCGAUGGAAACCGAUACAAUCGAAGUUAGGAAUAUUUAAUUUGUCACUGUGCAGCAUUGUUUGAAACAAGAAAUAAUGUACUAAAAGUCUAAAAUUUGUAUAGUGCUACGUAUACAUCAAGACCUUUCUAAAUUAUAAUAUACAACAAUUACUUAGAUCAAAAAUUAAACAUCAUGUCAAAAAAAUUGCAGUUUUAAAGUUUUUUUUUUGUUUUUGAUACUUUUGUAACUUAAAACGUACUAUUAGUUUAUGCGGUCUUUGAUUUUUUUAUUAAACUAAAUUUGACAUUUAAGGUAAAAUUUUAGCAGCCUAUUUCGAAAUUACCCCUGCAAAUUCAGAAUCACAUUAUAUUUUAGAAAAUAAGUGCAACAUUUCACU